CUAGACUCCAGAGCCAACAGCGUGUCUAGCCAGUCAGAAAGGCAGUUGUCUGAGGGAGUUCGAGCUCUGUGGUGGCGGCUGCUGAUUCACAAAACUAACAGGGGAUUGGUAGAACACUGUUGAAGAUUAAGAAAUCCUCGUAUUUUUGAGAACAAAAUCAGAGGGUCCUACUGUAGACUGAAAAAAAAAAAAAAAAAAAAAUCGACAUUUGGGCAGUCUUCCUCACAAUGACCAAACAACCAGACCGUCCAUAUCCUUCUCUCUUCGUCAUCUCCGUCUCCCUUAUCAUCAUCGCCUUCUUCCCACUCUCCAUCGCCGGGAAAGAAGAAGAACUCGCCCACGACGACGGAACAGCAGACGACACUCCCUCGCCGAACAAAACCGAAGACGAAGACCCUUUUCUCGCGGGGCUGAAGGCAUACGAACAAAGAUGGCUGGACAGGAUCAACCGAAACUCAAACAAGAACAACCGAACGGCCAAUUCAAGCUAUUCCGACCUCGAACAACCGGACGAGGAAUGGAACGAAGUGUCCGAAAAGGGGGAGGGGGAGAAGAACUGGCGAGAGGGUCGUAGAAGGUCGUUUUUAGACUGGUUCAAGGACGACCAGUGGAAGCCGCUGUUUGUCGACAAGGAUUGCGAGUGCGGGAAAUCCGAGCCUUUGCGCGGGAGGAUAAUCAACGGAGAGGAAACAGAAAAGCAUCAGUAUCCGUGGAUGGUAGCGCUCCUGUACAAGAAAAAAUCUUUCUGUGGCGCUUCUAUCAUCAGUGACAGAGUAGUUCUCACAGCUGCUCACUGCACGGAUGGCAUGACACCGGAAGCUCUGAAGGUCAAGAUCGGGGACCACGACCUGACACAGAAAGACGUAUCGAGGGAAUGGGUUGCGUCGGUCAGGAAGAUCAUACAACACGAUGGCUACGACUCAAUCACGAUGAACAAUGACAUCUCGCUCGUGUUUCUGACGUCAAAGCUGACAUUCACGUGGCGAGUCGCCCCUCUUUGCUUGACCCCGUAUGACGUGACCUACUACAAGGAACAAGUGCUGGUCAUGGGCUGGGGUUUGACCUCUGAGGGGGACAAGGAGUCGAGUUCACCUGUGCUGCUCCAAGCUAAGGUCAAAGUGAUCGGGAUGAGCCAUUGCAGAACUCUCUACGGCUUUGAAUCCAUCGACGUCACAGGCAAGAUGAUCUGCGCCCUCGGAGAGAACACGGACGGGUGUAAUGGCGAUUCAGGAGGCCCACUGGUAUGGAAGGAUGACGUCACAGGCCGGUAUUUCCAAGUGGGCCUCACCAGCUGGGGCCUAGGAUGCGGUAACCCUGAAUAUCCUGGUGUUUAUGUGAAGCUGAACAAAUAUCUCGACUGGGUCUACGCCAACACAGGUGACUCCGUUUUCUGUUCGACUUACAACCCCAAACUGAAAGGGAAAAAUAUUCAGGGAAAGAAGCAGAGAAAAGGGGGUCAAAUGAAGAAGAACGGAAGGGGAAACUCAAUCAUUCGUUAAGAAAUGUAAGAGGGGAAGAUGCAGAAGAAUUUAAGAAAAGGGAAGACAACUUGAACUCUACUUUUCAUUAUUAUUAUCUUUCUACUUCUUUCCCUUCUUCUUAUUCUUAUUCUAAUCAUCUAUUAUUAUCAUUAUUUUUUUUUUUUUUCAUAGAAGUAAAACUGUACUGGAGAAGUUGAUGGUGAUUGGCUGAACUCAGUAUAUCUUAAUAACAUUUUCAAAAAAUUAUCAUCACCGAUUUGUCAAUUAUCGAAUGAUUAUCUUUCAUGUGACAUCAUCAAUUUGUCAACCUGUCAUCAGUCAUCACCAACAUACCAUUAGUUACCUGUCAACUUGCCAUCAAUCAUCACCAAUCUGUCAAGGGCAGUUAUCACCUCCAUUCAAAUGUAUAAUUCACAUUAUUAUGCAUAUACAGCUGCCAGUGAAAACAUUUAUCUAAAAAAAAAAAAAAAAAAAAAAAAAAUGCAUCGAAAAGAAAGCAAACAAAUACGUGAAUUCUUGUCUUAAGUUGCUCAUUCAUUCCUAAAGACAAAACAACGAAGGAAAAAGCAAGAAAACAAACGGUUGUUUACAUGAUUACUUCUGCUCGCUCCAUCGAUGACUUGUUUACUUGUUGUUUACCACGAAUUAUUAGCCUUUAUACGGUUGUUUGUUAUCACUUACAAUAUUUCGUUGUUACUGCUCUGUUAUAAAGCCUUAUUUUUUAGUAAAGAUAAAGGUAUAUUGUUAUUAAAAUAUUUGAUGAAAGUGUUAUUGUUAAUAAAUAUUUGAUGGAGGUGC